AUGAACGCUUUCUCCGACGAGGACCUUGAUUUGAUGCGGAGGGUGGAGGAGGACGCUGCUAGGUGGCUGGGAGAUGAAGAAGAUGAGGAGGCGAAGAGCUUGAGCGUAUGGAUCGAUGCUCUUGGGGAGACGUUGGAGAAGACUGAGGAUCCCCUGCUGCGGAGAGCUAUGUUCAGCUCCUUCUUGAGGAGGGCGGAAGAACAGAAGAAGUCAGACAACAUUGAGCAGGAGCAAGAGGAUGCAGGCUCUGAAGAUGAUGAAGAACAAGCGGACGAAGACGCAAACCAUGCAAGCUCAGUCUCCCCGACUUACAACCUCGAAGAAGAGAUGAAUGAUGCGUUCGACGAAAAAGAUGAACUAGAGGCCUCAUACAAGGAGUACUGCCUCAAGCACGGCAAGACAGCACUUCUGCCGGUUGCUGACGUUAUCAACGCCCUCAAGGUCAAAACUAUCAAGGAUCUUGACUGCUCCAACUACUCCAUGGGAGACUCUGGAGCGACAUGUAUGGCGGCAUAUCUCCAUCACCUGCUGUACCUGGAGACUCUGAAGCUGACAGGCAACAACAUCCAUGAAGCUGGGAUGCUCGCUCUUGCAAAGGCGUUCAGAGAUUGCGAGCACCUCAAGGCGAUUGUUCUUGACGACAAUCGCAUCGGGAUAGCAGGCGCACGAGCGCUGGGAGAUGCGAGCGUUGACAAGGCGUCAUCGCUAGAAGUGCUCUCAGUGUCAAACAACAAGCUCACGGACCCUGCAUUGGCGUACGUGAUCAAGCAGCUAGUCGCCUGCAACAGGCUCAAGUUCCUCUCCAUCGCCAUGAACUCCAUCGGAGACGCUUCCUGUGACUCCCUCACCAAGUUCUGCACCAAGAAUCGCUCGCUCGAGAAUUUGAACUGCAACUGGGGUUACAUCCGUUGCAAGUCUGCUGAAGAAGUCGCAAACUCCCUGCGCUGGGUCAGCACCCUGACGCAUCUUGACCUGGGUUGGAACGGGUUCGGAGAUCCACUGCCUUGCGAUGCUAUCUGUGCGGAACUUCGGAGGAAAACCUGUAAGAUCCGCUUCCUGAAUCUCAGCCACAACCGCGUCAACCCGGAGACCUCGUGCAUGCUGGCGUCAGCGAUCGAGGCGAACAACUCGAUCAAAACGAUCAUUUUGGACGGGAACCCGAUGGGGAAGAUCGGAUGUCGCAGGAUGUUGAAGGCCUGUCACCAUGCUGAGGACGAGGGUCUAGAGGACCAUCACGCACGGAGAACCACCCGAGACAAGAACGAGAUACAGGUCUCCUUCAAGAACUGCAGUUUCGAGCACAACCAAGUCACUUCCCAGUUCAACCCCUCCGAGCCCGGGGGCGAGUAUCUGCUCGACAUGGAGAACCCUUACUCUCGGCUCAUCGUGUCGGACUUGUUGAAGAUCGAGGCGCGUUCGAAGGGGCAGUUUGUGCGACACGCUAUGAUGAUGGAUGGUAAACCCUACGUGCUCCCCAAGUGGAAGGACUUCGACCAGGAGCCUUUCGUGCCAGACUUGGGAGAGCUUGAGUUUCGAUUCAUCAGCCUCAGAAAAUUUGCAAAGGCCACCGACAAGCUGCCGGACUCAAUCUUCCAGAGGAUCCUGCUCAAGUUCGAAGACAGAGGAGGAGCGUCGAUGACUCCGGAGGAGAAGAGGCACUGGCUGCACAACCGAUAUCACCUGCUGAGAAUGGCGAGCAGGAUCGGCAAGCUCGAGUUCUUCGAUCUCUACAUGACGUCAGUGACGGUGUGUCAGGCGAGGAUGCUGCUGUCCAUCCUGCAGAACACGGAAGACAGGAUCCACUUCGUUGCGACAGUUUACCUCAAGAUGAACUCUACAGCAGCUCCGAGGAAACUUCUCAACGACCUUGACGACAAGGAGAGGAGGCUGCUGGAGAGCUUGCUGGGGCCUGAGAGCUACCACUUCACCCCCAACAACCCGACCGGUCACUAUCGGCUCGACCUGUCGAAGCACGACGAGCGAGAGGUGGCCCUUAGACUGCAGGAGCUGAGGAUCGAUCAAGAUCAGGUAGACCAGGAGCUGUUCAGCACCGUGUCCAAGCAUGCGGGAGGAAGCAGAAACAGAAUCGAGCUGGUGUGGAGGAACACCAUGCACAACGGAGAGCCGUUCAAGUACAAGCUUCACUUCAGCGUUCCCACCUCCGGGGUCUUGGAGCUCGACUUUGUCGAGUUGCUGAAGCCGCAAGACAAGACGGACAAUCUCAUAUGCAUCUCCGACGAAGACUGGAUGGCUUUCCUGGAGCAUGUCAAGGAGGUGGGGCCGGUGAAGGCUCUGAUCGCUUUCCGUCUCAUCUCCAACACUGAGCUCUUCCUCACCCAUCACGUCAAGGAGCUUCUGUGCUGCUUCGGCAAGGAAGCCCCGGAGACCUUCAGGGUCGAGGUCUGCGUCAUCGCCUUCGCUCGCACCAUCGACUGGCACGAGCUCUUCGGGGCCUCUGGCCUGUUCCGCAAGACCCUCUCCAAGACUGAGCGCAGGAUGCUGACGCAGCGUCUCGGGGCGGUAAACCUCUUCGACCACGUGAUGGCGGUGGACUACUACGAGCUCGACGCCUCCAACGAGGAGGAUCGCUGGAUCAUGCAGGAGAUCGUUCACUUCGCGGUGGCGGAGCCGGGGGAGAACUGUGUCAACGAGACGUGGAACGGGAUGGACUGGGAGACGCCCAAGGGGUGGGUACAAGAAGCGCCCAAGUUCGGGUUGUACACAGUCUACUACUGCAGGGAGAGAGAGACCGUGGAGAAAGUGAUGGCAGAGGCUAACGCAAAGCACCCUUGCUCUCUCGAGAACGACAUCAUCCCCGUGGGAACCAGCUGGGUCGAUGACUUCAUGCUGCAUCAGAUCAAAGAGAAGCUGGAGGAGACCUUCCUCUCAGCUGAGGACUGCUUCGAGCAGAUCGACAGAGACGGAGGAGGAACGCUCGACGUCAAAGAGUUCGCCACGGGGCUGGUGCAGGUGCUGUGGAUUGACUUUGACUUGCCUGCCCUCACCUGGACACAGCUUGGAAUCUGGUUGAGGCCGCACGAGUUGAGAGGUUUCUUCUCCAAGAUUGACCAGGACGGCAGCGGUCAAGUCGAUCUUGACGAACUGCAGGAGUUCUGGCAAGAGUACUGA